AUGAAAUUUUUUGGAACAACGUUUGUUUUUGAUUAUCCAUGGCAUCAGAUUAGUAUCGCACAUUGGAGAAAAUAUCCGAAUGAACGAGCAACACAUGUUGUUUCGAUUGAUACAUUACGUAGAGAAAUCGAUCCGGAAACAGGUGUUUUGCGUACAGAACGACUUAUUACAUGUCGUCAAUCAGCGCCUUAUUGGAUUCUUAAAUUUGUAGGAGGAGGAGAUUCAUAUGUACGUGAAGUUAGUGAAGUUGAUCCUCGUACGAAUCGUGAAAUGUUAGUUAUAAGAUCGGCUAAUUUGACUUUUUCACAUGUUGUUUCAGUUGAGGAACAAGUUAUAUAUCGUCCGGCACCAGAUGACCCAAAACACAAAACUCUAUUUGAACAGGAAGCAACGUUUCAAGCAAUGGCAAGUUUUGCACGACUCGUUAAUACAAAAAUGGAAGAAUGGUCAGUACGACGAUUUUCUAAAAACGCUAGGACAGGACGGGAAGGUUUUGAAGGAGUUUUAGCACAAAUAUAUGAACAAAGAGAAGAACAAAAUGGAUAAGGAAUGUCAUUUAAUGCUUUUUAAAAGUUAAAACAAAAAAAAAAA